CACCUUGAGGCUCAAGUGUUGGAUUAAAGAACAUAACUGAAAAUGAAACUUGACACGUCUCAUAUGCGUUACUUAACGCCAGAUGACUUCCGUGUUCUCACUGCUGUUGAAAUGGGAUCACGCAACCACGAAGUGGUGCCAACGUCUUUGAUUCAUAACAUUGGUGGUCUACGUUCCAUCAGUGGUACCAACAGAUGUAUCAGUGAUUUGGCGAAGCUGAAGUUGAUCAGAAGACUACGUAACGCCAAAUACGAUGGUUACAGGCUUAGUCACACUGGCUAUGACUACUUGGCGAUCAAGAGUAUGACCAACAGAAAGACCCUUUACUCCCUGCAUACGACCAUUGGUGUCGGUAAGGAAUCCGACAUUUACAGUGUCAGUGAUCAAGCUGGUCGUAAAAAAGUGUUGAAGAUCCACAGACUGGGACGUACCUCUUUUAGAACUGUGAAGAAUAACCGUGACUACCUUCGUAAUCGUUCUAGUGGUUCCUGGAUGUACUUAUCCAGACUUGCGGCAAACAAAGAGUACCAAUUCAUGAGCACUUUGUUUGUGAAUGGGUUCAGCGUUCCUGAGCCCUAUGACUAUAGUCGUCAUUGUGUUUUGAUGCAGUAUAUUGAUGGUUUCACUAUGAGACAACUACGAGAGCACUCCAAUAAGGCUAAACUUUAUUCUGAUUUGAUGAAGUUCAUCGUGAAGUUGGCAAACCAUGGAUUAAUUCACUGUGACUUCAACGAGUUUAAUAUUAUCAUCAUCAAUGAAGACGCCAGAGACCAAUAUAAAGAGGACUUUGUUGUUAUCGAUUUCCCACAGUGUAUCUCGAUUGGACACCAGGAUGCAGAGUACUACUUCAAGAGGGAUGUUGAAUGUAUCAGAAGAUUUUUCAGAAAGAAACUCGGAUACGAUCCAAAGGAACAAAAGGGUAUGCUUGAUACAGAUGGGUACGGUGAAGGUUAUAAAUAUGCAUAUCCUGAUUUCCAUAGGGAUGUUGAAAGAAUUGCUGAUUUGGAUAUCCAAGUUGAAGCCAGUGGUUAUAGCAAGAAGAAGAAAAAUGAUAGAGAUUUAGAAGAUGCUGUUGCCAGUAUGAGAGGUGGUGUCGAUGAGGCUGAAGACGAGGAAGCUGAGGACGAGGAUGAGGACGAAGAUGACUACAGUUACGAUGAUGAAGACGAUAGUGAGGACGAUGAUGGAGAGGACGAUGAAGAUGAGGAGAAUGAGAGAAUCAUCCAAGCUUUACAAGAGGGAGUCGAGGGUCUAAAGAUGGAUAAAUUAGGUAACUACAUCUUAGAAUGAUUAAAUCUGAAUCCAUUAAUAUAGUCUCUUGUAUACUUUUCCAUCUCUAUACCAUAUUGUGUAGCAUUCACACUUAACUGAAAUGGAUUUUCUCAAUUAGCUAAUGUACAAGCGUGUUGGAUAACGAGGUCC